AAUACUACUUUAAGGAUUGUAAACAGUAACGUCAGACAUUUCUAGGACACAAAUUUCCUUUUCUUCGUUCAGUGCUUUAUAAACCUGUCUCUAUCUUUAUUAUGGAAAUUAUUUUGCAAUACUAUAAUGUAAUGUAAGACAGAACGUUUAACAAUAUUGUUUGUUCCAAAUGAAGCAAAACAGUCUCCUUUUUCGAAUUACAGUCGCUAUAGUCAAUUCCUAUUAACUUGAAUGCUUAUACGUCAGAAUCUGUCGAGGCAGGAUAUAUUGGACAAUUUUUUUUAUCGUAUUCGUGAUGACAUCGCAUUAACAUUUUAAUAGUGGAUCCAGUAUGUCUUGCAGUAUUUGUCAAGCAAAAUUUUCCUUCUUUACAAGAGAAGUUGCUUGCCCAGGCUGCGGCUUUUCAUGUUGCAGUAAGUGCCUUAAAUAUAAAUAUAACAUUCCAGAUAAAGGGGUGAAAAAGAUCUGUGGACGUUGUUUUAAUAAGCAUAAUUUUACAAGCAAGUCAAGUUCAAAUAAUAGCAUUGAGAUGGACGAGCAAGAUAAACCGAUGGCUCCAGUAGACAUUACGAAAAAACUGGAAUCAUUGGAGAAUCCUGCAAAGCCUCCAAUUAUAAUGUAUAAGCAUACAAAUCAUUGGGAUAGAUUCAAAACUGGCUUAGAGCCAGCUGAUCAAGAGAUAGUCGAAAGAUUAAGGAAAUUAAAGGAAGAAGACAAAACUACAGCUUUAAGCGUAGAUGAAAUAAGGAGGAGAUUAGCAUUGCUGAAAGAUGAAGACCCAGAUGUUAGGCAACGCGCAAUAAAUAUACAUCAAGUGGAUACUAGAACGGAUCAACAGAAGACGGAUGAUUUAAUACAGGAAUAUCUAAAACAAUUGGAACUAUCUUCGAGCAGUGAUUCAGUCAGCGAAAUUCAAGCACGGCUGAAAUCACUGCAAGGCAUUAGCGACAAACCUAGAGAACAUUCGGCUAAUGAUGAUGAUGAUGAUGAAAAACAGGUGACAAAGAAAUUAAUUGCAAAAGCUCUGGCAGAAGCGGAAUUGGAGAAAAAAUACGAAGAAAAUGUGGACGAACUUGAAGAAAUGGAAAUUGAGGAGGCAAAGCGUACUGAUAACGAAGAAGACGAGGAACCGAGUUGCGUAAUGUGCGAACAAACCGAAGAUUUACAGCGAUGUAUAGGUUGUCACGGCGAUCUUUAUUGUCCUGUAUGCUUCGAAGAUAAUCACGAUGAGUUUGAGUUGAAAAUGCACAAAAGAGAGCCAGCAACAAAACGUAAUCAACGUUAAAUUGAAUCGCUAGAAAUUUUAAAGAAACGCUUCGCAACGAUUCACAUGCAGUUUCAUUACUAAAAGACAUUUGCUGUAUAAUUUUUGCAAAUGAAACUGAAACCAGCAUCGUCACUUGCAAUUUUUUAUAUUGAAAUUAUAAAUAUCAUCGUUUAAACAGAAUACAUUGCUUGCAAAGUAUACAGACACAUAAAAUAAAUAAUACACAAUUAUACAUAAUUAGUAAGUGUUCUAGCUGUAAGUUUCAAGCUGAGAUUGUGUAAUGUAUCAAUUACAUUAGAAAUUAUUGUUGUGCUAUAUCUACUUUCACAGUAAGUGAUUUUAUAACAAUUUUAAUUUGACAAAUUUAAUAAGAUAUACACGCUUUUGCUAAAAAAAAACAACAAAUUAUUUAUUCACAUAAUUAAUUCCAUCUCCGUUAAUUUCUCUAUGUCUAAAGUCUUGUUAAGCAAAUAAAUUUACUUAAAUUAAUUUAAAUUUUAAUUAAACAUAUUUAAAUCAAUUAAUAAAUUCUUAAUGUUAAAUAUAUUAACCAAUUCAGCUGUUUGAAAUAUUCGAGCUUUAUAUGGAGCAUAAUUUAUUCUCAAUUCAAAUUUGCUUUGAUAAUUUGUUACUUUUUGGUUCUUCUGGGAAUCUUAUCUUCCUGAUUUAAUUACUGAAAUGAACUCGCUGAUCUUCAUGGGGAUUUCCCAGAGAUAGUCUGCAUCGCGACGCAAAAACCUUCUCAAAGUCUAAGCAGUCUUGCUAUUUUUAGAUGAGUUGCACGAGCCUAUCAUGCCAAGUAUUCAACCACGUUCGGUUACGAGCAUUUGUUCUUUUUACCGUCCACUUUAUUUAUUAACAUAAUCCAGCUUUAAACUUUUCUGAAUCUUUGUAUUCGAUAAUCACCAUCAACAAUUAGUUGGAACUGUUCGAUAUUAUACAAGUCAAAUGGGAUUAAUUGUAUAAUUCUAAAAAUGGAUUGAUACGAAAAUUUAUGCCCUUUUUAAAAAAACGUGUAUCUAGUUUUGUAGAAAUUCAUAAGUAUUUUGCUGUUUAUAUAACUCAUGAUCGUUUUCUAUGUGAUAUUUUAUUCUAUUAAAAAUAAAAAAAUGAUUUAAAGUAUA